CAGAGAAAUCCAGAGAGAAUUUCCUCCCAAUUAUUCUUUCAUGGUAUCAGAGCCAAAACCCUAGAAAUUUUCUACGACUACUGUUCACGAUCGCCCGGCAUGGCGUCCAUCGAUCGUUGCUCAGUUUUAGUCGAUUGUUGCUGUUGCCGGAUAACGAAACGGUCGACCGUUGCUCUAGAACGGUCGAGCACGUCGACCGUCCCGUCGGCAGAUUGUUUGAUUGAUGCUAUUGUUGCUUCGUCCGCCAACGCCGUACGCCACUCUGCUACCGCCAUGGCCGAUGAAGAACCAAGGAAGAUGUUUUUCUCGCUAUCAUCGUGUGUUUCUAGCUUGAAGCUUUCAGAAAUUGGUAUGGGUGAGCAGGAAGGAGGACUUUAUUACUUUAAGGAGCCUGAAAAGAAGAUGGUGUGCAGUGCGAAAAAGGAGAGUAAGUUUGAUCUUUGGCACAAACGACUUGGACAUCCUUCCUCUCAUGUUUUGUCUCUUGUUCCUGAAGUUGGAACAAGUGCUUCUCUUAAUACAGGAACCACAAAUGAGGUUAGCUCUUAUGAUGAAGAUGAAGAACUGCGGACGGAAGAACAAAUGGACCGUUCCAGGAGGGACAGUCGACCGGAGGAAAGCAGCAGAGCUGACCGGCUACAGACGGUCGACCUGAUGGACCGUUCCGAUGCCCAAGGUCGACCGUCAGAGAGGCCGAAUGACGGAUUCCUGGGAGAUGACCGAACGGUUGAUCUGGUGGACCGUCCUGAUAUCCACGGUCGACCGUUCGAGAGGCAGAAUGACGGUUCUUUGGGAGAUGAUCAAACGGUCGACCGUGAUGAGGAAGACGGUCGACCGCCUCCGAGGCAGAAAGUUAGCGAUCAAGAACAGCUCCAAACGGUCGACCCCGUGGACCGUUCCACGGACGGCAGUCGACCGUCCCCUUCCCAGCCAGCGGUGGAGAACUUGGGACGUGGUCAGCGUGAGAAACGUCCAAAUGUACGCCUUGCUGAUUAUGUUACCCAUGUGCCUUCACCAAACCGUGGGGACUUUCCAGGAGAAAAGGCUAAAUCAAUUGGUUCGGCUACUAGGUCCGGAUCUGUUAUAAGCCAGCAAAUGGUUGAACAAAUGCGGUUGUUCAAUCUUAGGGAAGAAGAGAGGGAGAAACGCAGGAUAGAGAACGAGGACCUCGAAAUAAUGGAAAAAGACUUAGGUACGUUAACAGGAUUCAAACGAAUGUACGAGAAAAAACAAAACGAGAUCAAGGCUAAAUAUGAUAUGCUUUAGUAUUUUUUUUUGUUAAUGUAGUUUUUUGUUUUUUAAUUUUAAUGUACUUUUUUAUUGAAUGUAUUUUUUAAUGAAUUAUUGGUGUUUAA